CACACGGUCCGUCCGCUAGAAGAGUCCGGAGCGUUCAGAGGCGCGAAGCUGAAGAAAGUCUGAAAAACCGAAUCUUCAUUUAAACUGAAUCUUUAAUUAAAAUGAAUCUUCAAUUAAAAUUAAUCUUAAUUUGAACUGAAGAUUCAUUUAAACUGAUUCGUUUCUUUUUGACGGAACCAGCAGCUGAUUCCAGGAUGGAGCUUUCAUCUUUACUUCAUGACCUUCAUCUCCUCUCCUCAGAGAAGCCCCUCCCCCCCUGUCCUCUCCCUUCAAUCACAGAGCUCCUGGCUCGGCUGACGGAGAAGCUGAUAGGUGCGUCAUCGGACUCUGACACAAGCUCCCUGAUUGGUCGUGUGGAGCGACUCUUUCAAACAGCAGAUCCUGAUUGGCUGUUCUCCCUGACCUCAGUCAAUGAGGAGGGUGAGGAGGAGGAGCUUCAGUCUGCGUACAGGUCUCUGACCAGCGCUCUGAUUGGCUGUGCCGAUCUGCCGCUCUGUGAGGAUGACAGCUCUCCAGCACCGGCAGCCUAUCAGAGCAUCCCGAGCCGAGCCGUCCAAGUUUGCUCUGUGCUCCGAGCACUGCUGGGAGCUGUGGGAAACUGGGAGGGGACUGGCCUGCUGUUACGUGUGGCGCCCCCUGUGUGUGUGUUUGCUGUGACGCAUUUCCAGGAUCAGGUGUGGACCAACCCCCCCUCCAGAGCAGCUGCACAGAGCCUGCAGGAGGCGCUGCUGAGGGCAGGUGGCUGGAGAGACUCCGCCCACCUCCUGGUGGGAGAUGGCAGACAAAGGGAGGGGGGGGGGGACGGAGGAAUUCUAAGAGGAGUCCUGGACGUCCUGCAGCCGCAACUCACAAAGGACUCCUGGCAGCGGUGUGUAGCGGUGAAGCUGGUGUUCUCCUGGACUCUCCUGCAGCUCGCUCGCCCCUCUCUCUCCCCUCACCUGCCUCGCCUCCUCCCCCCACCCCUCCUCUUCAACGACCACUACAGACCAGAGAACUGCAUGCUGGGAGUACGCUGUCUGCACCACAUCAUACUCAACACGCCUGCUGCUGAUCUGCGUCAGUUCAACAGAGCAGACGUCAUCUAUCAAGCUUUAUUGAAACACUUGUUCACAACAGAGACGACUGUUAUACAGCUCGCCCUGUCCUGUCUCUUGGACCUGUUGUUGGUUUUGGAGAAGCCCCCCUCUUCUCUCGACCCGUCCUCCAGCCGCAGGAAGCCUUGUCUCCAUGACGACGUCCUGCGCCUGGUCCUCGUCCACAUGGAGGCGGAGAACAAUGUGGAGCUGAGACGCGUCUACGCCUCCGUCCUCCCUCUGUUAGUGGACAGGAUGGGGGUGGCAGUGUGCAGGCACCUGCUGCGAGUGGAGCGGGUGGUGCUGGGAUACCUGGAGGUCAGGGAUCCACCGGAGGAGACCAGCAGACUGAAGGUUCUGGAGGUUCUACAGAGAAUAACCAGAGCAGCCUGGCCCAGGAUGCAGCGUCCCAGGCUCCACGUGUUGCUGCGUCGUUUGCUGCAGCUGCUGGUGGACGUCUCUUCAGACUCUCGACUGGACGUCUCGGUCCGAGAGACGCUGAUGAGUGAAGCGACGCUGUGCAUCCACCUGCUGCACGCCUGCUCCCCAGGGGACGCCCAGACUGUCCUCCUGCAAGUGGACAGCAGCUGUUGCAGUCCUGAAGUGCUUGGUUGCCUAGUGAGAGCUGAUGAUGAUGCAGUUGGUGAUGUCUCCUGACGGACAGAUCAGGACGAGGACACAUGAUUGGACGAUCAGCUGUCUACAGAUGUUGGUGUUUGAGUUUGUGGUGUCACAGAUGUGAUGUCAUCAAACCAACAGGAUGUUCAUGGUCUGACAUCACUUCCUGUGCUAAGUCCAUGCUAACAUGAUGUUAACACAAUAAGUACAUACGUAUGACAGACGCACCAAUGUUUGUCCCUCUGUCCGUCCCAUUCUUAUGAACAUGAUAUUGUACGAGGACUUUGAGGACAUUUCUUCAAAUUUAGCACAAACGUUGAUGUAGAUUUCUGAGGUCAAAGGUCAGAUCUGCACCGGAGGACCAGUGGCUCAUGAAGGACGUGUGAUGUAAAUAAAGACUCUUCAGUGAAUCAUCUAGAUUCUCAGCUUGUUCAAAUCAUGAUUGAAAUGAACAAUGAAAAGAAAUCAUCACACAACAUCAGUAUUAGACAUCAUAGGACACGUUUAGAUGAUGAACUGUUAUUAAGUACAGUUAUUUAUGAGAAAAAACGAAUAUUCACAAAGAAUCAUUUAACAUCAGCAGCUGGAAACUGAAUCCUGGCUGAGGUCGAGUUUCUCGUUGCACAUUUGAAACGCGUCAUGUGACGAACAGAACAGAAGCAUCGACUCUACUUUAAAAACUCCACCAUUGUUUUAUAUUAAUAGAAAUAAAGAAAUAAAGAGUGAAUGCUGCCAAACUAACUGCCAGCAGACAAUAUUGGAUAUGUAUGUUUAGGUUCACGUACUUGAACCUCAAAACCUUUUUCAGGGACUUGAAUGAUAAGUAGGGCCUGAGCACGGAUGGUGCACGGAACCUAUUUGAAAGGAAUUUGUAUUAUUCCUCAGGGAAAAUGCACAAGGGCCUUGAACCAUCGACACUGCAACGUACACAAGCUAAAAAAAUAACACCGCUCAGUAAUAAGGGGGCUUGACUUUGCCCAGAUGUGGACCUUGGUUCACUCCCCUUUGCAAAGUGUUGAUUACAUAACGACAUUCAACCUAAAUCACAAUGACUGGACACAAGUUAAACAUUAGCUUCUCUAAGUGUGUGCAAGGUGAGAGUUGACUUGAAUUCCACUGAUGUCUCUACACGGUGACUUUUAGUCACUGCAUCUUGAACCUACUUGAAACUUGAAAUCUGAUCGGUGCAUGUUCCUUCAGAGACGUCCGACCAAAAAGAAUAAAUCAAACAAAGUCUGA